AUGGCCAGCCGCCGCCGCUGGCCCGACGAGGAGGAGGCCACGCGCCUCGCUUCGCUGCUCGAGUGGCUGCAGUCCGCCGACCUCUACGUCGAGGCGGUGGCAGACACCGUCGCCGGCCCUCGCGGCUGGUGGGCCGCAGUGGCUGCGCUCGAGGCGUGGAAGGCGGCUUGCCGCCUGCGGCUGCUCGCGCUGCAGAACCACGGCUCGCUGAUGCGCGCCGCGCCGUCCGGGCUCGUGGGUGUGCUCAUGGCGACGGGCGAGGCGGCGAGGGCCCGUGCGGAGGAGGAGGAGGCGAACGCCUUUGCGGGCCAGCAGUCCGCGACCGCGUCGCCCGACAACGAGGAGGAGCUGCGCCACCGAAGGAGGCUGCUGCUGCAGCUGCUACUCCGGCCGCUCCUCCUCGGUGGGGUGCGCUCCCUCCUCCUCCGCCGGUACGCGAGGCGGCGGCGGCGCAACGACGACGACACGGCAGAGGAGGGGGAGGAGGCGCCGUCCGCGCUCGGCCGGCUGCUGGAGACGCUGGAGGGGAUCGACGCCGUGCUGCCGCGCUUCUCCGCAGGUGGCUUUGGUUAG